AUGGGUCUAUCCAACAUAACCAUCAAUUUCCAUGAGCCCGGUAAGGUUUAUCUCCCAGGAGAUAAAGUCGGUGUCACGGUCACAGUAGUGAACGACAAGCCUAUGAAGGCUCGAUCAGUGAAAAUGAUUAUAGAGGGAUUUUCUGAAACUGAAAAAUUCCUUUCGUGGAACCAUCAUUUGGUGUACCGUCAGACUAAACUCCUUUGGGUCUCUGACAGUUCAAAGAACCAGAUGCCCGUCGGAACUUUCGAUUACGAGUUCGUUUUCAAACUUCCCGACACUAUUGCACCAACACUCAAUAUAAAAAACGGUCGGAACACUCACAGAGUGUCUGUGCAAGUCGACAGACCAUGGCGUGAGAUAUCCCGCGUGGAUAAGGAACUCACUGUGAGCAAGAAUCUCGGCAAAGAAUACCUACCGUGCUACAACAAGACUAUGGUAUGGGAGCAAAACAUCCAGUCAGGACUCAUUUUUUCUGAUGGAACAAUUCAGGCAAAAUUUGUUACGCCGUCCCAAGUCUUCAAAGCUGGUCAGACAUUCGACACUGAAGUCACACUCAACAACACCAGCGGAAACGCUAUCAAAUCGGUUCAAUACACUUUGUUCCGACAUACUCAUUUUCACAAGAAGUGGCAGCCGACACCGUGUAGCAAUAGCUAUAAGUGCCAUUUACACAACUCCGAACAAUUUUUCACCUAUGGAAGAUACGGAAAAGGAGAGAAACACAAGACACCCGUGGCUCCAUACACCGAGGGAAAGUUCAAGAUUCCGUUCACCAUACCAGCUGAAGCUACUACGCCGUCUUUCGCAAGUGGCAUGAUGACUCAUGGAUAUCUCCUUGUUGCACACGUUCAAGUAAAGGGAGCAAUCACUCUCAGCUCGUACCUUCGUAUUUAUAUCGGAGACGUUGUGGAAAAUGAGGACGUUCAAAGAAAAACUGAGAAGAGGGAGGUCGCUGAGAAGAAGACAACCAAGAAGGAGGAAAUCACCGAAGAGGAAGAAGCGCCACCAUCGUACAGCUCCUGCACUUGA